GAACACUUCAUCUGACUGUAAUAUCAACAUGCAAAGCUAUCUCAUCAUUAAAGACUGAUUACAUCAAAUUCCCAGAGAAUCGCACAGAAAUGGACGCAAUAGCUGAGGAAUUCCACAAGAGAUGUGGAAUGCCGGGAGUAGUCGGUGCAAUUGAUGGAAACCACAUUGCAGUCCCAGCUCCUACUUCUGAGCAUAGAGCAUCAUUCAUUAACGGUAAAGGGUUCUCCAGUAUUCAACUCCAGGUUGUGUGUGACACCAGUAUGCUGGUGCCUUAUCGAGAUAAUGGACAUUUGGACCCAGUUCAAAAGAAAUUUAAUAAAGUGCAUUCCUCUACAAGAGUAGAUGUGGAAAGAGCAAUUGGGUUAUUAAAAUGCAAGUUCAGGAGGUUAAAGUCUUUAGACAUGCAUCUGCAGGAAGAAAUUCCUGAAGUUAUCACAGCUUGUUGUGUAGUACAUAACGUGAUUUUAGAUUGUGAAAUGGUAGAGGAGGAGAUUACAUUAGAUGAUGCAGUAGAUAAUAGUGCAUCAGAUCAAGACAGUCAAACAAGACAAGCAAGUAGCCAUGGGGAAACAAAACGGAGAAGGAUUGCCAACAUGUUGUAG